AUGGCGUACAAUACCCCCGCAUGGAAUGAGGAGUUCGGGGUGUUGAAGCAAAUGCAGGAGGAUCGCAUGAACUUUGCCAACAGCAUGACAUGUCAUGAACGCUGCGUUUCGCACUACUGGUUCAAUGACUUCUACGCGGGGGAAUAUAGGUGUAUGCGUAACUGUCUGGAGAAGCUGAAUCAGGUGGGCAUCAUCACAAAUGUUAACUUCAAUAAGUACGAACAGGAGAAAACAGCACGGAAGCGUAAGUAA